AAUUUAUUGUUGUAAAUAAUCUCAGAGCAAUUAAAUAAUUGUAAUUGUUUACCAUUAUAAUUUCCGGCAUCGCAUCGAUUUUAUAAAAAAUACAUUCCACUGUCCACUUAUGAGUACCGUUAUUAAUGUUAUAUUAUACGUCUUAUUGAAUUAAUAUGAUUGUUUAAACUAGGCUACACGAAGUUAAUAUUUAAAUAAGAAAUAAUGUCUGAUCUGAAAAAGAGGAUUAAAUCCGUGCCAAGUGUAGAAAAAGAUAAAAAUGCUAAGGAAAAAGAGAAGCCAUCUAUUAAUAAAGGUCUUCCACUGAGGGUGAUAUCAAGAGUUGUGGUUAUAACUUCUUUACUUAUAGUAGUGUAUUUCACUUCAAAGGACGAGGGAAUUAAAAUCUUUGCCAAACAGACUGAUGUAAUCUCAGGAAAAGCACAAAUUCUGAAAUGUUCUGUGGAAUACAUGAAGGAAGUAGACAGAUUCGAUGGUUGCUUUCCACGGCAAUGUAAACGAUUUGUCGCCGAUACAGUUGUGUCAUCUGUUGAAGUAGAAGGUCUCUUAGCGAUUGCCAAAAAAGGUUUAAAAUAUGGCCGUUCCUUUGGUGGAGCCUCAGUGAUUGAUUUACAUACUGGAGCACUUUCUAAAGGAGAGGUCUUUAUAAAUAUUUAUCAAUCUUUAAGCAUGAAUAAUUUAUUUACUAAAGAGGAUUUUAACUUAUACAAGGUUGUAAAAGAAAAAGUUAGACACACAAUAGCUCAUCAUUUUGGUGUGAUACCAAAUAAGAUACAUUUAACAUCACCUACAUUUAUAUCAGAAAUUACUUCCAAACAUGCAGUCACAAAACAUGAUGAAUAUUGGCAUGCCCAUGUAGAUAAAGAAACUUAUGAUUCAUUUCACUACACAAGUUUACUUUAUCUAAGUGAUUAUGGUAUUGAUUUUGAAGGAGGGAGAUUUGUAUUCAUUGAUGAAAAGCAUAACACAACAAUUGAACCAAGAAAAGGCAGGCUGAGUAUAUUCACAAGUGGCCAUGAAAAUUUACAUUAUGUUGAGAAAGUUAAGUCAGGCAAAAGAUAUGCUAUGACCAUUGCUUUCACAUGUGAUGAAAACUAUGCCAUUAAUGAUCCAAGCACUGACAAAUAUAACAUUCCACAACCCACUCCAGUAUACUAUAGUGCGUAAUAUUACUUAAUUAGGAGUUUUGUACAAAGUAAAAAUAUGUUAAUUUUU